CAUCAGGUGCAAGAUAGAAACACAGCGACUGUGGUAUUUGAGACUGUCACAUUCAGCCUAACAAUGAUUCUUUCUCUAUCUGGGAAUCUCAUGGUCUGUUAUGCCGUUCGAAGAAACCCAAGGCUUCGUCACUCAAGCAACUACUACAUCAUUUCCUUGGCCCUAACAGACAUUUCUCUGGCUUUCUUAACUAUGCCGCUUUCAGUUGUCUUGUUGGCCACUGGAAAGUGGCCUUUCGGAACAUUUCUGACUCGCUUUGCAACCAUUUCCAAGUUAUCAUUGACGAACAUCUCCACAUUCACCAUGGCACUGAUGGCAAUGAACAGGUACGACAAGAUAGUAAAGCCAGCAAAAUACCAAACUCUUUUUACAAAGAAGUUCAUCAUCUCCACAGCAUUAAUGGUGUGGGCUACAUUCGUUUUUCUUGCUCCCCUCUCUGUGCUUGUAUUUGGUUUUCCCAAUGUUGUGAAGCCAGCAUUCGCAGUUCCUGUGACAAUAUUUUCAAGGCAAGUUGGUAUACCAACUGCAGUAAUUAUUUUCUAUUCGCCGUAUGCUGUCAUCAUUUUCUGUUACUGGAAGGUUUACAAGACUGUGAAGAUACACAUUGAAAAUGUUUCGUGGCAGAGUGCAAAUGUAGAAGAUGUUCGAGUCAGCAAAAUUCUGCUUGUCACUGUCGUCGGCUUUCUCAGCCUCUGGUUUCCAGCUCAAAACAUCUUUUUUGUGUCUGAUAUCUGGCUCAUACCACGGCAGCUUGCACUCUUUGCGACUCUUCUAAUCUACUCAUCCAGUUUCAUAAAUCCGUUCAUUUAUGGUUUUAUGAACCGUUCAUUCAGGAAUGAAUUCAAAAAAUGCUUGAGCCUGAAAAACAAGCAAUCGAUAGGCACGGAAUCCAGUCCUAGGAAACCAGAAAAUGUUGUUCAGAUUAUCAAUUAACGUCAUCCGAUAAUUGAGGACUUACUCUGGAAAUGACCGCAUAAUGAUUUUUAAAACGUUCAAAAUUUCGCUGCCGUUCCUACUACUUACGUCCGUCUUAAAGAAAAUUUUCAAAUUGAUAGCAAGGUUCUUUGAUUGCUUCAACGGUGUUCGCGUGUAGCUUUAAAAAAUGUAUUUAAAUUAAAUGAGGAACAGAUCUAAAUAAAAGCGUAACACUGCGUCGUAUUCCCUUCUGGCAAGGCUGUUAGAAAAUAUAGCGAGUUGCCUACGUAUGUUGCCGUUCUGUAGUUUAGAUCUCUUUACAAAUGUAUCUACACGAUUAAAUGACUGAUUAAAUUCUGGUAGGAAGGAGGCCGCUAUUGAAGAUAAAUUACUGUAUUCUCUCUUAUAUCUCAUAAAUUGCGGUUUUCUUGGUCAUAUUUUUCAACUAUUUGUGUGUCGUUGAAAAGUUUACUUUGACUUCGUUCCAAAGUGUUGUAGUUCUCUGCAUAUCUCAGUGCCUCAA